UAAGUACUGUACAAAGUUUUACUUUAAGUGUUUUUACUAUAUUAGUUAUUAAUAAAACAUAAAAGUAAGAGAAGACAUAAAAUGUUAAAAGUUGUGGUUGCUGUUCUUACAACAUUUGGUGCAUGUUCAGCAAAUGUUGUUUUCUUGGAACAUUUAGUAAAAUAUUCUCCGGGAUGUGGAGAUAUUAUUGCCUUUGCUCAAUUCUUGUUCACAUCUUGUUAUGGUUUUGUUGCGAUAGCGAAGUUUGGAUCAAAGAAACCUGUUGUUCCGAUAAAAGAGUAUGUUGUUGGUGUUCUUCUGUUUUUUGGCACAACUGUGGCUGGUAACUUAGCACUUGGUUGUAACAUAUCUAUGCCAAUUCAAAUGAUUUUCAAAUCUGGUUCUGUUUUAGCGAGUUUGACCCUAGGAGUUCUGUUGCUGAAAAAAAGCUAUCCAGUCUCAAAGUAUGUCUCUGUUGUGAUGAUCAGUGUGGGGAUAGCCAUGUGUUUGCUUGUUUCUGCUGAUGACAAGCAAUCAACAGAAGAGAAGUCUUCUAAGAACGAAUAUCUCGUUUGGUUGUUUGGUAUUUUUUUGUUGCUUACUUCACUUUUCAUGGGAGCUACUCUUGGUGUUGUACAAGAAAAUAUGGCGGUGACGUAUGGUAAACAGCCAGAUGAGAUGCUUUUUUACUCGCAUGCAUUAGCUCUACCAGGGUUUCUAUUCUUUGGUUCCAACAUAAUACAGCAAUCAAAGAUAUUUUCAAAUUCUGAAAUGUACCCAGUGCCUUAUAUAUCAGUACAGAUCCCAAUUGUGUGGUUGUAUCUGGUCCUAAACGUGUUGACACAGUUUGUAUGUAUUCGAAGCGUAUACGUACUUGCUACAGAGGUAUCUGCCUUAGCGCUUACUGUGAUCUUGACGCUACGAAAGUUUAUGAGCUUAAUGAUCUCCAUCUAUUACUUCAACAAUCCGUUUACGAUUUAUCAUUGGUGUGGAACGGCUCUUGUCUUUGGAGGAACUUUGUUGUUUUCUGGUGUAAUACAAAGCUUAGCAAAUACUUUGCGCGGUUCGCUUGAUACAAAGAAGAAAGAGGAGUGAAAAGAUGUACGGUCUUUCUCCAAUACACACCCCUUAAGAAGGGUAGAAUUUUUAAAAGUGCCUCUCUCGGAAACUUUUCUCUUUUUAUCAGUUCAAGUUAUGGCCAAAAUUAUAUUUUUUCUCUCAAACAGUAUGGUCGAAAGUACCUGUGGCUUUAGGGUUUCUUACAAUUAGAAGCCCCUGGGUGGUUAUUAGAGGACUUAGGUAAUUUAUUUAUAAAAUUUAUACGAGAUUAAAAAGCAUAUUCCUUUAGGUUAUGAUAUAAAGUUUUAAGGUUUUAAGAAAGAUUUCUUUUAAAGUGAGAAAGCACUUUCCCAGAACAAACAAAAGUAUCGAGGUAGAAAUAAAUACUUGUCUAAAUGUUUGCGUGAUCUAGCUAAUUAGUUAUUAUUUAUUUUAAUUUUUAACUGUUAUGUAGAAGAGGCAUUAUCAAAUUCUGUAAUUAUCUAAUGAUUUGCAGCAAUAUAUUUAUUGUUAGGCACAAUUUUUUAAAAAAAAUAAGAAAAAAUACCAAACAUUGUUGCGUAAUAGAGAA